AUGGUCGUGGGACGAGGAGCAUGGCCUUGGCGGUAUAUGGAAGCUAGGAAACGUGCGUAUGCGAAGCACUUGCCGGCACCCGAAGCUCGAGGUCAGGGAGCCUCUAGACUCGCUGCUACUGCACGGGAAGAAGCAAAGGAGGACUGCACCUUCUGGGUCAAGCACCGGGUGAAUAACGGUUUCGAAUGCUCUACAGGUCGAGGCCUCACGAUCUCGGCGCAGCUGCAGUCGAGAACGAUAAUGCUUGAAUGA